GUAGCUCUCGUAUAUUGUCAAAGCGUCCGUUACUAAUUAUAGAACUACUUUUCUUUUCGUUCGAGAAGUAUAAAAAAACCGACUACAGCUACCACAGUAGCUCAAACAUCGUAGAGCUUGUAGUAAUAGAUAAAUAAAAAAUAAACUAGUGUCCCAUAUAUAUUUACAGAAAUAACGCGGUAUUGGCAAAUGUAACGUAAACAUUUAGAAAAGUAAAACUAUAUAUUUUUUGCAUCUGUAGAACAGCGAAAUUUUCUACGGUAGAUACUAAGGUGAGCCCGUCUUCUAAAAUUGUGGAUAAUUGUAUACGUAUGUAAUUGGUAAUUUGACACGUUUGUUGGGCGUAUGAAAAUGUAUUUUAUCUCUUCUGUGUUAAGCGCUCUGUGCGUAGGUAUAAUCUGUGUAAUUAUAUCAGCAUUGUACAAUCAGUACAUUAUUAGAAAGAAACUCAAACGCUUUCCUCAAGUUCCCAGAUGUCCCUUCAUUGGCUCACGUUUAGAAGUAUUUACAAUAUCGGAACAUGAACGCAUGGGACGGAUAUUAUCGAGAGUUAAUGAGUAUAAAGAAGGAAUAUUUGUGGAGUGGCACGGACUUGUACCAUCAAUAAACGUAUUCAAACCAGAAUUUUUAGAAAUAAUUUUUCUCAAUACUAUAAAUAUUCAAAAAGGAACAUCAUAUGAGUCUCUUAAACCCUGGGUAAAGAAUGGACUUUUCGUUUCUUCAGGACCGAAGUGGUUUCACGACAGAAAACUUAUUGGACCAACAUUCCAUUUUAGCAUAUUAGAACGGUUUAUCGACAUCUUCUCUGAAAAAUCAAAGAUAUUAACAAAGAUGCUCGAAAGAGAACUAGAAAAAAAUCCUGAAAAACCCAUCAAUGUUUUUCCGUUUUCUGUCAAUGUGUCUCUCGAUGUUAUAUGUGAAGCCGCAAUGGGUGUGAAUAUACACGCUCAAGAGAGCGACAGCAAAUAUGCUUUACUAUCAAAAAAAGUCCUCGAAAUGGCAAUCCAGCGAUUCCUUCGGCCGUGGUACACAUCGGACUUGUUGUAUUUUUUAACACCAACAGGAAAAGAAAAUAAAGCAGUGUUGAAUGGUCUGCAUGAAUUUUCGGAAUCAGUAAUAAGAAAACGAAAGAUUGAACGAUCGAAAACCGACUACGCCAAUCUGAAUAACACAGAUAAUGAUAAUACAAUCAAGCGGAAGAAGGUUUUUCUAGACGUGUUACUGGAUCAGAACGAGAAGGACGAUACCCCGUUAACCGAUGACGAAGUGAGAUCGCAGGUCGACACGUUUAUGUUCGCGGGUCAUGAUACAACUGCGGUAACAAUAACGUGGACUCUGUUUUGCCUGAGCAACAGUUCUGAGCACCAAGAAAAAGUUCACGAAGAACUGGACAAAGUUUUCAAAGAUCCGGACGCACCGAUAACUAUGAAGGAACUGUCACAAUUGAAGUAUCUCGAUAGAGUUAUAAAAGAAUCGCUCAGAUUAUAUCCAAGUGUGCCCAUUAUCUCGCGAAAAUUAGUAGAGGAUUUACAAUUAGGUGACUAUGUAGUGCCAAAAGAUACGAUAGUCGAUAUACCAAUCGUAUUGGUACACCGAAAUCCAGAAAUUUGGCCGGAUCCUCUUAAGUUUGACCCAGAUCGAUUUCUUCCGGAAAACUCAAAAAACAGAAGUCAAUACGCCUACAUUCCGUUCAGUGCUGGACUGAGAAACUGUAUUGGUCAGAAAUUUGCUUUACUCGAACUAAAAGUUGUGCUAUCGUCCAUUCUCAGAAAGUGGAGAGUAAAAAGUGUCAAAACACACAUUACAUAUAAGUGGUGUAUCACUUAUCAUCCAGAUGAAGAAGUACUUAUUCAUUUCACACCGAAAACUAAUUAGUUCUUUUUACGAAAGUUGUUUAGUUUCUAAAGUACAAUAAUUCAAAUGAGAGGAUUGAGUUUUUCUACUGGUCGUUUCUACGUGUGACGAAAAGAGAUAUGUAAAUAGAAAUGUUGGUAAAAUACAAAAAAAAUAAAUUUUGAAUAGCAUACAACACUGUGUGUAUAUAAUUACAGAAAAUAAAUCACCAUAUAGAACAGAAAAUGAAAAAGAGAAUAAUCGCAAAAACCUUCUCAUUUACAUUCACUUUUCACUCCGCU